CAUCCUGCAUCUCUGCAUGCGAGUAUAAAGCAUCCCCUCCACACGGACGCUCUCAAGUACAAAUAGCGCAGCGUCGCCUCUGAACGCAACAUCUCUUCUACCCCCUACUGAGAACACCUCAUCAUCACCCUCAUUAUUCUACCUCGGGACGCCAACGGCCCUCCACCCUGCCCCCUCACUCCGGCCCUGCACUUUAUUUUUUUCAAGUUGGUUCAGCAGGAGAUUUUUGGAACACUUUCUUUCCCCAUAUCAGAGAGGACGAAGGCUGGGUUGAAGCCAGACAAGACGCUCUGUGGUCCGAACAUGUCGACCACGUGGUGCUGCUGGGCUCUGCUUCUGUCAAUCAUCUCUCUGGUGCUCCAAGCUGACUCGAAAUCGGCAAACGGCAAAUCCAAAAUGAAGUCAUACUGGUCCGCGAGUAGCAAGGCGGCUCAAACGCUGUCAGUCAGCCGCCUUCUGGCCCACCCGCUGGAUGGCAAGGAGAACUUCACCUCGGUGGACCUGGACUUCCACAUGGAGGAGGAUUUGGACUCUGACUCCAAGCAGUGGACCUGGCUUUCCAACUCUUCGGUGUCUUCGGCCUUGGAGGGGCGCUCCCGGGCAAAGAGGAGGCCAAUCGUGAAGACGGGCAAGUUCAAGAAGAUGUUCGGUUGGGGAGACUUCCACUCCAACAUCAAGACGGUCAAACUCAACCUGCUGAUCACCGGCAAGAUCGUGGACCACGGCAACGGUACCUUCAGCGUCUACUUCCGACACAACUCCACCGGGCAGGGCAACGUGUCUGUCGGGCUCGUACCGCCCAGCAAGGCGGUGGAGUUCCAUGUCCAUCACCAUCACCGCCACCACCAGCAGCAGAACCCCCAUCAGCAGGAUCUGCGUGUCCAGCAGCAGACGGCGUUGGAGAGCAAGGAGAGCAAGCUGUUCAACUGCCGCGUGGAGUACGAGAAGGUGGAACGCGGCACCCGCAACUCGCUGUGCGCCCACGACCCCUCGCAGAGUUGCCCUCAGGACCAGACCCAGAGUCAUGUCUCCUGGCUGUGCUCCAAACCCUUCAAAGUCAUCUGCAUCUUCAUCACCUUCCACAGCACCGACUACAAGCUGGUGCAGAAGGUGUGUCCCGACUACAACUACCACAGCGACACGCCCUACACGCCCACCGGUUGACGGACGACCGAGGAGGAGGAGGAAGAGGAAAGCGGACUCAUCCUGGUCCCCGACCCGGAGGCCGGCGACGGGGCGUUCAGGGAAGCUUGGACGACUCCCUCAAAGGGAAUCAUGUAAAUACUUGGACGGCACUCAGACAGCCUUUUAUCUUGUCUUUGUUUUCUUUGUCAUCCGUUGCUUUUUCCGCCUCAAUCGCAGACGCCAAUCAGACGGCAGCAAUCAGUUGGCGGGGCUUGAUAGGAAAUUUAGAUUUCAAGUGAUCUGUUGCUCAUCCCGGGGAGUUCCGUACCAGACUCGCCUCUAAAGUAUGCACUUUCGAGAGACCAUAUUGAAAAAAAACAAAAAAACUCAAGUGUGUUUUCACUUUUGGAAAACAAAAAAGCUUUCCAGCCCAUCGCAGGGCACACAUAAAUAAGCAACCAUUCACACGUAUGCUUUUGGCGGGAUGUCAAACUCACCGCACACGUAUUUUCAGCGGCUAUUUUUAAACCGCAACAACAACAACAACAACAACAACAACAAAAAUGCUUUAUUGUUCUUAAGUUCUAUAAAAAUGGGUCGCGACUUGGCAACAAUAGGAAAAGGCGACUCCGGGGUGACCGCAGAUGACAACCACUCUUCUAAACUGAAAUCACGGUGCUUUCAAAUUCCUCACAUAUUGCGCAAAUGUGCACGACAAAAAAAAAAUGUUUUCAAAUCUUUUUUUUUUGCACUUGCUCAAAUCACUAUUCAGUUGCAUUAUGGGGGGGGGGGAUGCUAUGUUUUUAGCAAUUUGCCGACAAUUUAUCAAUAUGUUGGAACCUCCAAUUUCAAAUGCGUGUUUUCCAGCUCGUUCGAACGAAUUUGCCAGUCCAAAAUGUUGACACCGCAUUAGCUUCCUUUUGUACAAGUAGACUUGGUAGCGCAGCGCAUGAAGCUUCAAACUAGAAAUGACAAAAGGAAUAUUAUAGUCGAUCGCUACGAUGCAGAUUUUGUCUUGUCGCGGCGAAAGUCUGGAACGUAACCCUCGUGAUAAAGGAGGGAUUACUGAAGUCGGUUGUACGAACAGCAUAAACGUAUUCAUUAAAUACCUUCUUCCAUGCACUGGAAGAACAUUUUAUCGCUCUUCCUGUCACGAUACAUCUCAGGCAUAGUUAGAUGAACAAACAUUACGUCAUUUGUCGUAACCAAAUCACCAUUUUGGGACCAACUGUCUGCUGAGCGACUGAAUUUCUUUUCUGGCGGCUAUCUGCACUUUUAUUUUUCCUCUACAUGUAAUGGCCUUGAGAUGCCAGAAGAUGCCGGCAAGGCGCUGGCUAAUAGGAAAGUAGUAAUCUGUAUUUUUACAGUUUGCUAAGGCCACAAACACACCAGCGUCUUUGUAUCUUUGCCAAACCAAAUCAUCUAUAAGACUUUUUUUUUUUAAAGCUAAUGUUACAGUAAGGAUGUGAAAGUGUUUUGGGAUUACAAUUUGGGGACUUUAAAGGGGAAGUAAACCCCCCCCAAAAAAUUAGUAAGAAUCCAUUGUGUGUUGCCAGCACUUAAAAUAUGAUAUUCUGACUAAUAUUGUGUCCCUAAAUUCGAGUUAAUUCAUCAAAAUGGCACAUAUAAUGUAGACUUGGAAAAAAAAAGAAUGUGGGCGGGGUUUAGUUCCCUUUUAUGCAAUUAAUAUUGGCAGUUCAAAUAAUUUUUGGGGCGGUGGGGGGUGGGCAUCAGGUUUUGUUCACAGAUUUUAAGGGGUUUACUGUACUUAUUCCAUGUUGCAAGCUGUCACGUAUUAAAAAUGUGUUUAUCGUGCGUCAUGUGUUAAAAGGAGCCCUGAACAUGUGGGGUGUGACCAAUCCCAUCCAGUGUAUUAAUAAACUGUACACAAACAAAUAUGAGACGCCGAUUGUUUUCCGCUCUUCUUAUCCUAAAAUUAUAAAUCUACAGCCAGCCGACCUUUAGCAAUCUGACGCUCCUGCGAUGGAAGAACGUAGCGGGUGGGGAGAAUCACACAUCCCGAUGAAAACCAAGCGAGACGUUAUCUUCUACUCUCCCUGUAUGUAUUAUUUUUGCAUUUUCUGCUCCUUUUGUGUGUUUGCCUUGACUUAAGGGGUUCAAGCUCACAGAGAGAAUUGGAACGAACCAUGGAGGGAUACAUCAAAGGUAAGUUUUUUUUAAUUCUUUUUAAAAAACCAACAGCAGUUACUUCUUUUUGUCCUUCCGACACAAUUUUUGUUGCGAAAAUGUUACUUAAAGAAAAUACAUUCGAGAUUGAAUACUACUUUCUUUUUUUCUUGGAAAAUGUACUUUUUCUACAAAAAAGAAAUAUUCUACUCACGUUUUUUCUUCAUUUUUUUUUA